CUAAUUGGUCAUAUCACCAAGACAUUAUACACUGACGAAAUAAGCUGUGGAUUGAGAUGCCUUCAAGAUGAAAAAUGCCAAUCUUACAACAGCAAAUCCCAUCCUAAUGAUGCAAAGAAGGAAUGUCAACUGAGUAACCAAACCGAAAAAUCAAGUCCGGAAAACCUGAGGCGUAACCCACGUUCUACUUAUUAUGGAAGAGGUACUGGUGAGUAAGGUGCUUAACAUUAUGGGAAAGUUAGAGGAGGUGGGAGGGGGGAGGGGGGGUAUGAAGGGUCGGAGUAUUUUGGUCGUCACAAUAAAGUUUUCCUGAUCCUUCCAUAACGUUCCGAAUUAUUCUAUCGAUCUACCUCAUUGGCCGCCAAUUUUCUUUAGUCCCACCUUUAAACUCUGUUAGCGACGACUGAUCCUCCCUCAGUUUCCUUUGAAAACCAUGAGAUGCCCCCUCCCACCCCUCCCACCCCCUCUUUCCAAGCGAAAAGUGGUGACCUAUUUCUUUCUUCUGGUCAGCAUAUGUAUAACAUAGCAUGUAUAACCUUUCCUGAGAGAAUAUGAAGUUUAAAAUCUCUUGCUUUUCCUUAUAAUGAUAGGUUUUCCAUUUUCUUAGUUUGAAUUGAAAGAUGCUAGGGAUCCUACAAAGAUUUCCAAAAUCAUGAGCUAUCUAAUAAUUACGCAAAAGCAACAACUUAUGGAAUAAGACCUCUGUGGCGUGUUUUGUUUCUUACUUUGAUCCUCUCACCGUUCCAAAUGAUUAUUCUACCCUUUUUCGAUGCAGGUAAACGAGGUUUGGAUUCUGCUCAUCCGGCCUUCUCCUGUAAGGAAAUUCUGAACUCUGGACACUCCAAAGGAGACGGGGAGUAUUGGAUCGACCCAGAGAAGAGUGGAAACCCUUUGAAGGUCUAUUGUGACAUGUCAAGAUAUGGUGGUAAGAGGAUGGAUUUUUUUUUGAGACACGAGGACUUCAACCGGAGUAUGUUUGACUUGGUGCAGUUGUUAUUGGAACGUUCUGGUCUUGGCUAUUCGUAUUAUGUUUUUAAUUAAAACAAUGGCAAAAUUGGACUCCGCUCGGUUCUGUUACCACUAUUAAUAUGUCCAAAAUUCUAUUUACAUAGAUGUCACCAGAUCAUUUAGGUUUGUUUUAUUUUAGGAGGUUGGCUUCUGGUGUCAAAUGUUGAGUUCGGCAGCCCCUCUUCUAAGGUGUCAGUUGAGACAUCAUACCGUGGGAUAGGUAAGUCAUAUAUGGUUCUGCAGAAAAGUGCCAUGAAAGAGCUCAGAAGACACUUGUCCUUCACUCAGCUGAGAUUCCACUGCCACAAGAAACAGGGACGCACAUUCCACGUGGUCACUACUUCCAACAGCUCAGGGGAAGCUGUGGUCCAGUACUUCAGCGGUCAGACAGAUGAGCAACCGGAUGCCUGUGGUUCGUUUGUGAGUUUGAAGUGGGAUGACAAUUCCAAGUUAGCUGACAUUUGCAAAGAUUGGGGACUAGUAAGUGGAGAGUACUUAGUUGGAAAGUGGGGACAUGGUGAAGAUCAAAACAGGCUAUACUGGUAUCCCGCAUUCAAAGUAAAUGCGUAUCACCUUAGGGUCCACUUGAAUAACGUUGGUGACCUCAAUGAAAUGCAAUGCGAUGAUGGCGCCUAUCAGACCGUCAACACAAUCGGCGAUUUCUGGAGAGUAUUUGUUCGUUAG